AUGGGGAGAGCAAGAACAACAACAAAACAAGCUGUUGACCCGAAUGGAUCUGCAACUCAAAAUAUGUUAGCAAUUGCAAAAGAGCCAAGAUACAGAGGAGUCCGAAAGAGACCAUGGGGCAGAUUCGCUGCGGAGAUUAGAGAUCCCUGGAAAAAAGCCAGAGUUUGGUUGGGUACCUUCGACUCUGCAGAGGACGCAGCCCGUGCCUACGAUGCGGCUGCCCGCAGCCUCCGUGGACCCAAGGCCAAGACAAACUUUCCCAUCCGCACAACAAACCAGUUAUUCAAUUAUCAAAACCAAAACCACCCAACCGAUCCUUUCUUGGAUCACCAAAAUAUAAAUCCUCAAAGACCCACGUCUAGCAGUUUGAGCAGUACAGUAGAGUCUUUCAGUGGUCCUAGGCCGCCGCAGCCAACCACAUCGAAAUCGGGAAAUGGUCCGAGAAGAUCUCGGAUCCCACCGGUGGUUCCAGAAGAUUGCCAUAGCGAUUGUGAUUCAUCUUCUUCGGUGGUUGAUGACAGAGACAUCGCAUCCGCUGCUUCUUCUUUGUGCCGCAAGCCUUUGCCUUUCGAUCUCAAUUUCCCACCAUUGGAUCAGGUUGGCUUUGGCUCUGGUGAUGAUCUCCACUGCACUGCUUUAUGCCUUUGA